AUGAUCCUGCGCCAGCUCAGCGUCCGUGACCUGGCACGGGCUGCGAGGGUGAAUCGCGAGUUUGCAUGUGUCUCUAGGAACCUGUCCAGCCAGGAGUCACGGCUGGUGCUCCCUCGAGGCCUCUCGCCCGCCGCCGUCACGGGCGCGGUGACCGCUUUCCACCAUGCCACCUCCGUGAAUCUGUCCCAGUGGCACGCAGACUUUACAAGGCCAGAAGCCCUGGCGAGGAUCAUCCAGGCAAUUGCAGCCGGCGAGGGAGCCAGGGCCUCUGGCACCCCGGUCCAGGAACUGGUGCUGCGGAAAUGCGCCACGCUGGGAGGCGACUCCGUGGCGCUGAUCUGCCGCGGCCUACCCCACCUCACCUCCCUGGACCUGAGGCGGUGCACGGGGCUAGGCGACGCCGCAGUCCUCGCACUGGCAAGGUACCGCCGGCGGGAGGCGGCCGCGAGUGCUGGGGAAGCGCCAGCGGAGGCAGCACAUGGGCUCCUUGGUGCGGUUGUGGGCCCGGAGCCUGGCACCGCCACAUCCGCGCCGCAUGGGGCUGGUCCCCCGCUACGCACCGAGCCGGGACCCUCGUCCUGGCGGCUGGGCGAUCCGCUCCUGGCGCCGGCAGAUGCGCUUGCCCAAAUCCUGGCCGCUCGUGUGGAGCGGGGGCAGGAAGCGGGCACCGCUGCGAGCGGCGCCGGCGCCCUCGCCUCUCUAGCGCUAUCCGACGUAGACGCGCGCGCGCUGCGCGCGCUGUGGUCCGCCACGGCGCCCACAGCCCAGGGCCUGGUGAGCUUGAGCCUGCAUGGCGCGCGUCGCCUCGACCUGCAGCCCCUCCUGAACAAGGCGGUACGAUCCGGCCUGCGGCACCUACACGUCAGCGACUGCCCUCGGACGGAGCGCCUGGCCCUGGAGCUGCCGAAGAACCUGGAGUCCCUGUCCCUCACCGGGCUCAGGCAAGGGGAGGUCACGAGCAUCAACUUUUCGGCGGCGCGCCUGCUGAGACUCACGCUGGGCGAGUGCCCCAAGCUGGGGUCGCUGAGCCUGACUGCCCCCACACUGCGAACGCUGCGCGUCGCCACAGGGUGCGGCAGCCAGGGUGAAGUAGCGCUGCGGCUCCCUCGACUCGCAGACUUCUCGGCGUGCGGCUGGCGCAUGCUCAGCCAGUCAGUCCUGGAGGCCCUGCUGCGCGGCUCGCCCGCCCUGCAGUCCCUCGGCCUGUCCGGGUGCCAGGGGGUGAGGACGCUGGCCAUCCCCGCGGGCAGCCCCUGCCUCCAAUCCCUGGAGCUUGAGCGCUGCAGCGGGCUCGAGUCGGUGCAUGUGGCGGCUGCCGCCCCCCUCACCCGCCUGAGCCUGGUGGGGUGCAAGGCCCUCAAGGUGAGCGCUCAGCGGGGAGUGGACGCAGGGGCUGAUAAUCAGGUGCAAACCCCCUGA